UAUCUCCUUUUCUUGGUAGGAAGUUUCCUUAUCGGAUAAAAUUGUUCGUGUUUGAACCCGUUUUCGCCCACUUUCGUAAUGGCAAGCCGAUUGAGAUCGGCCAGACCACGCUACUGGCGCCACUUCAAUCCGGAAAAAUAUGGUGAAGGAGUUAGAGGAAUGGUACGACAACUGUUCAAUGAACUUCCUUGUCAAACUCUUGCUGGUAUUUUGUUCUUGGGAGUCAUGAGGGAUGAUGACCCCAGAGCAAAAUACAUUCUUAAUCCGAAACCUGUGUUUAAGACAGACUACACCCCAUGAAACAGUGCGACGUCUUUCAAGCGUCCGUGAUUCUUCGUUCGAAGUUAUUUGGUAGAUGAUUCGUGGAACAGGUUCCCUUUGUGUGCAAUGAGAAUUCAUUGUAGUUAUUGUGAAAGAAUGCUGGAAUAUCAAAUUGCUAAUUAGAAA